GCCCAAAACCAACAUGCCAAAGAACAAGGGAAAAGGUGGUAAAAAUCGUCGUCGUGGAAAGAACGAGAACGAGAAUGAGAAGCGUGAAUUGACUUACGCUGAGGAGGGUCAAAUCUAUGCCCAAGUUACCAAGAUGCUUGGUAACGGUCGUGUUGAGGCUGCCUGUUUCGAUGGUGUCAAGCGUUUAGGUCACAUCCGCGGUAAACUGAGAAAAAAGGUUUGGAUUAACCAAGGUGAUAUUAUUCUUCUGUCUCUGCGUGAGUAUCAAGACGAGAAGGGUGAUGUUAUUCUCAAGUACACCGCAGACGAGGCUCGUACUCUCAAGAACCAAGGUGAGCUUCCCGAGACCGCCAAGAUCAACGAAACCGACACUUUUGGCGUUGAAGGCGAUGAGGAUCUUGACUUCGAGUUCGACGUCGAUGCCAUUUAAAACAAAAGUGCAAUCGGGUUUUUUUUGCAUGCUGGAAUUCUUGUUUCUGUAUAUGUAAGCAACAAUAGAGAUUUCUUGUUCGGCUAGAUUGCGCAUGGACGCAAGCUGCAGGACAUGCUUCUUCUAUCUUUGCACAAACACCACCCUGUUAUUCAUAGAGCAUGUUGCUUUCUCGCAUGUUCAGAGGCUUUCAUUGAAUUAAUGUGCUUUCUUCUGCGUGUGGUCUCAGGGGACGACGGUUUCUGUGUGCAAGCUGUACUGCGUACGCACGCUCUGCCUUUAGGACUGUUUCGGUCUUUUUCCUUAAUGGCAUGCGUUUCAUCGGACCAUAAUGUCCGCUCCUAUCCGAGAGUUUUGGUCAAGGAAGAUUUGGGCCGCUCGUUUGUUGCGAAAGUUUUGGAAAAAAGUGAAUGAACUAAUUGAUUUGGGUACGGAGAGUGAUGUAUGAGGGUUAGGUGUGGUACUUUGUUAAGGUAAACCGGUUUGAGGGGAGUGAUGGGAGGAGGUCUCGAAACGGUUUU